AGUAGAAAAUUAAUAAUAAAAUGCAAAUCGUUUUAAAGUUUUUAUUAAUGACGGUGAUAAUGAUGAUGAUGAGAAAUGUUCCUAAGGUUCAAUUGGCUCAAUUAAGACGCGUAUGGAUGCAAGAUCAUUGUCAGAAUGGAAUUUGUUCGGGUAUACAUAUCGGUCGCAAUGAUUAUGUCAUCAUGUCUCAGGCUCCGAUUGCCAAGCAAAUUAUGCUGACUUUUGUCAAUUCUUCGAUAGCGAAGAUACCGCAUCUAAUGUUUGAUACCUUUCCCGAUUUGCAAGUAUUGCGUUUGGAAAAUUGCUCGGUUGAGACAUUCGAAAGACCACAAUUUGAUGGUGCAAGUAAUUUGAUGAGCCUGUUUUUAGGUUAUAAUCUUCUAAAGGAUAUACCGAAGAAUAUCUUUCUGGGAGCUGAUAACCUUAACGCAUUAACGUUGAACAAUAAUUUCAUUAAAAGUUUGCAUAAUUCCAGCUUUCAUGCGCUUAAAGAGUUAAAGGAACUCAAUUUGGCCGAUAAUCAGUUGGAAUUGUUGCCGUUAGGUGUCUUUGCGACAAUGCGUAAAUUAUUAGAUUUAAAUUUGGCCGGCAAUCGUUUUGAAUUAUUUCCACGCGGCAUAUUCGAUAAAAAUUUAAAUCUAACACGAGUCAAUUUGGCCCGGAAUCGUUUUAAGGUUUUCGAAUCCGAAUUAUUUAAAAUGCAACCACGUUUAACUUUAUUGGAUCUGUCUGGCUUAAUACUACAGGAGUUGACUUUAAAUUUUCCCAUUUUGGAAUCAAUAGUCGCCAAUAAUUGCGAUUUACGUAAGCUGACCGUAUACGGUAUAGUUAAGGAAUUGGAAUUGCGCAACAAUUCCUUAAGAGAAAUACCUCAUAUGCCGAACGCCAGCAAUGUGACCAGCCUCGAUUUAUCGCAUAAUCCUUUGGGCAAUUUACAAGGCAAUCCUUUAAGACGUUAUACCGGCUUGUUGCGUUUAAAUUUAAGUGCCACCAAUAUGCAUGAUCUACCUGAAGGAGUUUUCAAAAAACAAAAUCACCUAAAACUAUUGGAUAUUUCUUCGAAUUCAUUAUACAAUUUGAAAUUUAUUAUCUUCGAUAGUUUGAAAAGUUUGCAGUAUUUUUACUUUCAGCAAAAUAAUUGGAAUUGCGAUUUUUUGCAAUUGUUAUUGAAUUCAUUUGUAAAACGACGCGACAUAUCAUUCAUGGAGGAUAUCGUUGAACCCGAAUUAGUUGAUGACUAUAUUGACGGAGUGGCUUGUUGGUAUGAAAAUACGAAAAGCUCAAGGCAUUGUGAAAGCGGCACAUUAACCGAUGCCGCCUUAGAAUUGUCAAUAGUACGCAACGAUAUCAAAACGAUGAUGGAAACUAUGGAUAAGAAAUUUGUGAAAAUUUAUCGCAUAUUAGAAGAAAUGAAAUUAAGAUUGUAGGAGGU